AUGCCGGCUAUUUUAAAAUACCGUUCCCAGUUGUUUUAAGUCGAUUUUUUGUUGUUUUUCGGCUCGAUUUCUCGCCUAUUUUUCGUGUGGUUUUCACACUACGCGUAUAAUGGCGAGCUCGGCUAACUCGAACCCAGUGCCUAAACUGUAUAAGUCUGUGAUUGAGGAUGUGAUCAAUGAGGUGCGGGAGCUAUUUCUCGAUGAAGGAGUGGACGAGCAGGUGCUGUUGGAGCUGAAAACGCUGUGGGAGAAUAAGCUGAUGCAGUCCAAGGCAGUGGAGGGCUUCCAUACUACUGAAGAGCAGGCAGCCCUCCAGGCCGCUCAGCAGCAGCAGCAGCAGCAGCAGCAGCAGCAGGCCCAACAGGUGCAGCAGGUGCAGCAAGUCACCCAGCCAGCACAGGCCCAACAAGUACUCCUGCCACCACAGCAGCAAGCUCCCCAGCCGCAAGUCAUUGUUCAGGAUCCAAAGAUUCUGCAGCAUAUGAAUGCCACAGGGAUGAGUGCAGCAGCCACUGCAGCAACUCUCGCUUUGCCCACCGGAGUCACCCCGUACCAACAGCUCAUCACCAGCCAAGGCCAGAUCUUGCAGGUGGUACGUGCUCCAAAUGGGGCCCAGUACAUCAUCCAGCAGCCCCAGCAGCAAAUCUUGUUGCAGCAGCAGAUGCAGCCUGGUGGCGUGCAGGCCCCCGUCAUACAGCAGGUGCUGGCUCCUCUACAGGGAGGCCUGCCCCAGCAAACAGGAGUCAUCAUCCAGCCCCAGCAGAUUGUCCUCGCCCCUGGAAACAAAGUCCAGGGCAACACACAGGUGAUGCAGGCAACAACUGCCAUGGCAGCUCAGCCUGGUCAGGCAGCUGCUCAAGUCCAGCAGGUGCAGCAGGUGCAGCAGGUGCAGCAGGCUCAGGGCACAGCUGUGCCACAGGCCUCACAGCAGCCCCAGGCCCAACCACAGCCUCAGCCUCAGCCCCAGGCUCAGCCUCAGCCUCAACAGCCCCCGAUGAUGCUGCAGGUGGACGGAGCUGGCGACACCUCCUCGGAAGAGGAUGAGGAUGAAGAGGAGGAGUAUGAUGAGGAUGAUGAAGAGGAGAAGGACAAGGAUGGAGGGGAGGAUGGGCAGGUGGAAGAGGAGCCACUGAACAGUGGGGAUGAUGUGAGCGAUGAAGAAGACCAGGAACUGUUUGAUACAGAGAAUGUAGUGGUGUGCCAGUACGACAAGAUCCACAGAAGUAAGAACAAAUGGAAAUUCCACCUGAAAGACGGGAUCAUGAACCUGAAUGGGAGAGACUAUGUCUUCUCCAAAGCCAUCGGGGACGCCGAAUGGUGAGAAAGAAGUCGGGGGAGAAAAAGAGAGGAAAAGAAUAUACACAUAAAAGAGCAGGAGCAGGAAACUCUGGAACUUUUUAGGUCCAGUUCACAUAGACACAUCAAUAUCCUUCCAUAUCCUGUGACUGGAUCCAUUUUAGAAAACCUGCUCCAUGUCUGAAAUGCAACAAUAAUGAACUUUUGACAAACCCAAAAAGACUGUGAGGUACUGUACAACCUGGGUGCUGUCACUAACACCCAACUGGCCUUGUGGGAUGAGAGACCUCCAGGGAAAGGGAAAAAAAAAACUUGGGAACACCCCACCUACCCACCCACCCACAAAUGUCCACCCACCACCACUGCCCCCGGCUAUCUUUUUUUGUCCUCUUUUAAUUUUUCUCCAAGUGUCCUGAGCCUUCUCCUGUCCAAAGUCACUUCCAUUGGAUCUCACUCAUUUCUCAUCCGUGCAGGUGUAGUGGACCAGGUUGACGUGUCCUGCCUUGUCAUCCACUAGAUCCACGUUAAUUUAACAAAAAGGAACACUUCUGUGAUGCACUGUAGUCUGUUGACUGGGCUAACUCGUGUCUACAUCUUAAGUGAAAGCUUAGUGCCGCCAACCAAGAUCGCUGCCUUUGUAGAAUGGCUGGAAUCAACUUUUAACCCCGAAUGGUGUUAUUCUCCCAUCGUAAUUCCAUUUAACGGAUUCCUGUCAGCUAGUUGGAUCAAAUCUAAAUUUCCGCUCAUCCAUUUAAUAGUAGUGUUCAUGUUCCGUGUAAUUAACCCAAUUUUAGACCUUUUUAAGAGAUUUUUUUUUAAUUCUUGUUCUUAUGAAGGGUAAACAAAGAAGACAAAGCAACACUAUUGACAACUAACCAAUAUUUGUGUGAUGGCAUGUUUUUUUUUCCUUUUUUUUUUUCUUUCUAAAGAAUGCUGAAUCCAAAAAUACUGUCCUUGUCUCACCCCCAUCUGCUACUACGGAGCCUCAUCUCCAACAGAGACUUUCCAAAAACAGAAACAAAACAAAACAAAAAAAAACAAACAAACAAAAAAACCAAUGAUCUUUCUGAAAAAGAACUGUACAAAAUGUUAUCACUGUCAGUCUCUUUGCCCCC